AUGGGGGGCUUCGGCGCGUGGCUCCAGGUCGCAGCAGCCUUUGUUCUUUACUUCAACACUUGGGGUGUGAUCAAUAUGUACGGGGUCUUUCAGACCUUUUAUCAGUCAAACCUCCUCGAACAUCAAUCUGCCUCCAAUAUCUCUUGGGUAGGCUCUAUUCAAGCCUUUCUGAUCUUCCUUGGAGGCGCUGUUGUGGGGCCAUUCUUCGAUCUCGGCUACCUUCGGCUGCUCCUUUCGUUGGGGACAUUUAGCACAUGUUUUGGUAUGAUGAUGACAAGUAUCUGCAAGACCUACUGGCAGUUUGUUCUCGCACAAGGUGUCACAGUCGGAAUCGGCUUCGGAUGUCUCUUUUUGCCCAGCGUGGCAAUAGUGUCUCAAUACUUCACCACCAAGAAAGCUAUCGCUUUUGGCAUCGUUUCGACUGGGGGGAGUAUCGGUGGUGUCCUCUACCCUAUCAUUUUUCGGCAGCUCCAGCCCCAGAUUGGGUUUGGCUGGACGGUCCGCACAAUCGCCUUCAUCAUACUUGUCACGCAAUUGGUCCCACUACUCGGAAUGCGAUUGAGAACGCCAUCGUCUACGAAAAGGCAUGACUUCCUUGACCUUACUGCAUUCAAAUCUAAGCCAUACCUUUUGUUCUGCAUUGCGACAUUUUUCGGUUUCAUGGGCAUCUACGUCACCUUCUUCUACAUUCAACUUUUUGCAUUGGAGAAGACAGCUAUCAAUGCCAAUCUCGCCUCAUAUCUCCUACCGAUCAUCAAUGCGGCCUCAACAAUUGGAAGACUGAUACCGAACUUCUUUGCCGACAAGACCGGCCCCCUCAACAUUCAAGUUCCGUUCGCCUUCAUUCUCGCUGUGCUAUGCUUCGGAUGGAUUGGCAUCAAAAGUACUGCAGGUAGUAUCGUGUUCUGUCUUCUGUACGGAUUCUUUGCUGGAUCAUUCGUAUCACUGCCGGGGGUGACGAUCAUAAGCCUAUCGCCAAACUUAGCUACAAUUGGUAUUCAGCUUGGUAUGUCAUUUCUCAUCGCUGGACUGGGGCUGCUAGUCGGUGAGCCCAUAGCUGGCGCGAUAUUGCGAGGCCAUGGCGGUUGGAUUGGCUUGCAGGUAUGGUGUGGUGUGCUACUGGGGUUAUCAGGCAUUUUCUCACUUGCCGCAAGAAUUGCCAAGGUAGGAACGAAAUGGGGUGCCAAAGCUUAG